AGAGCAAAUAUUCGCGUUUGAAAUUGAGGUUAUUUUAAAAGAACAACGUAGAAUCGUGGGAAAAUAUGGAGAAAACGCAUAAUGAAAAUAAUAUUGUACGCGUUUUUAUACCUGCACGUCUUCCGUGUAUCUUAUUUGACGGAGCAUAUGACAUUACCAAUUACAAUAUGGACGGCGGAGACCCGUGAAGGAGAAACAGAAAGAAACGAGGAGCAAGAAAAGCAGAAGAAAAAGGAAGGGGAGGAGGAGGAAAUUGAGGCCGUGCCGAUGACGGAACAGGUUAUGGAUCCUAACAUAAAAAUAACCGACGUACCGGACGUGGAGGAAGCCACGGAGGACUGGGACGCAAACUGGGACAAGAACAAGGUCAUACGAGAUGUCGCCUAUUAUAUUCGGGCACACAAAUUCCAGGACUACGAUCGACGUUAUUACAGGAAGCUGGAAGACGCGACGAGCAGACUUUACGAGGAAUUUCCGAAACCUCCUUUGAGGUCUUUGCAUUGGGAAGUGCGUAGGCACUGCGAUGCAAGCUUCGUCGAGUGUCUGAAAUAUCUGGAAAGGAUCAUUACGCUCACUGGCCUGAAGCGGGAAGACGACACUGUCACGAUCGUGAAAGAACAGGAAUGGAAUUUAGCGAACAAUGCCAAGCAGAUUCAGGCUGCUCGAAAGGACUGUCAGGCGAGUCAGAAGCGUGACGAUCUAACCGCGCUUCCCUUUCAAGGUCCAAUAGAACGGUUCCAAUGGCGUACCACGGUGAGUUACUAUAUGUGCUGGUACACGAUGCUCGGUGUGCCGGAACUGAGCAUUUUCGGGGAGACCUGCGACAACCACGCCAACUGCCAAGUCGAAUUUGGAACGGGGAAUCAGGAUCCGAGAGCCGAUGACACGAAACCGUAUGCCUGCGCCAUUUAUAGUUUCUGUCCGGAUCAUUGUUGUCCCAUGAAGCAUAUACGGGAUAUGACGGACUGCUAUCAGUCGCCACACAAUCCCUGUUACGCUGGGAAUGCACCGGGUAACAGAGAAUGCACUUUGAAUCGAGGUAACAAUACUGAUUUUCCCAGUUUGCUAUCGAACCAGAUCAACAUUACCUGCGAAUGCCAUGAAGCUGGCUACGAGUGGUCGGCUAGAUUUGGUCUCUGUAUCGACGUGAACGAGUGCACACGUGGUGAGCACGGUUGUUCGAUAGAAGACGGAGAAACGUGCAUGAAUUUGCCCGGUGGUUACGAGUGCGUUUGCAAGUUUGGUUACGUUUACGACACAGAACGGAGAGUAUGUACUUUCAACUCUGAGAUCGAGGAAUUAUUGGCUGAGAAGAAGGAAUCGAACGAAACGGACACGAAGAGCAUCAUUGAGAAGAUCGUUAAAGCGAUUACGAAAUCAUCUUGUAACUGCGUCGUGAGCGAUGUCGCAGUUCUGUUUACCGCGCUUCUCUCGUGUUUUUUCCUAUUAGAGGAAAUUGUAUGA